CUUUUAAAAAAAAAAGAAAACUCUUCACUGAGCUGAAAGACCACAAACAGCUAACUAUUGAUGCAAUGGAGGAGUGGUAAAGCCCCACAGUGGUCUGCAUUUAGAUCAUUUCCUUUGAUUAAUGCAAUGAACAUGGCCCAGAACUAUUCAUCUGAAGUUGUGCUGAAGGACACAGCUGAGGCUGUUAUUGUUCCAUUAAAAGACGGUAUCUCCUCCCUGAACGAUGUCUAUGAGGCCCUCAUUAAGGCAGAUGUACAUCCUAUUACUGGGCAAUGCUCCAACUAUGACUACAUCAGACAGCAGAUAGUGCAGGCUCAUCAGCACCUGCAGAGGUCAGAACAGACGGCCAGUUCAGGGUUAAAGAGUCUGGAUGAAAGCUUAGAGAGACUUAUACAAGAUGAGGGAAAACUCGAAUGUGAGAUGAAUGAUACAAAACAAACCUUAGACAACUUGAGAACAGAGCAGGAAUCUAAUGAAAAGUUACUCAGAGAAUCUCAGGGAGCUUUGGAGCAGGCCAGGACAAAUAUGAAUUCAACAAAACAGACACUUCAGGAUCAGGAAAGCAGGAAAAAAAAUGCUGAAAUCAUCACAGGUGUUGGGGCGGGGCUGUUUGCUAUACCAAUCAUUGGAUGGAUUGCAGGUUCUGCCAUGGUGAUUGGUGGUGCAGUUGAACUUGAUCAAGCACAGCAUGCUGUCAGAGUGGCUGAAGAGGAGGUGAGAAAGUCUGAGACUGAAGUGGAAAAACACAAACAUAAAGUAUCUGACUAUGAGUCCAAGAUUUCCCAGACCAAACGUGACAUCAGUCAGAAAGAUGGCAAGCUGAAGCAGACACGUGAAGAAAUCCAGAAGGUGAAGAAGCAGAUCAAGUAUGUAGCUGAUUUCCAGGAGAAAGUGAGAAGAGCUGUCCAGCUCCUGGGUGUUCUGAGCGGGAGGGUCAGCGUAGCCGAACAUCAGACUCGCAGAUUCAUCCUCCAGGAGCCUGUGAUGAGGGUGAUGGAGGAUGUGAUGAAGGCCACAGAGCAAAUCACAGGGAAUGAGGUUCUUUGCAACAAAGACAUGUUGAGACUCAUCGAUCAAAUGAAGGAGAACAACCGAUGCCUGGCAGCCAUCUAUGCCUCAGAGAACAACACUGGGGAUUGCUACUGACAGAUAUUCAUUGCUGAUAGCAUGCAUUAGUGAUAAGAGCGAAAUAUUAAAGGCUUUUAAUAUACUAGGUACUAAACCCUUAUAUUCUGUUCCCUACUCUGUCCCAUUGCACCAGCAUUGUAGUUAUAAAAUUUCUUUUAGAAUCGACAAACUAUCUUACCUUUAUCUCAGUAAUUAUCAUUAUAAACAAUGCAGAAGUAAAUAAUGACCAAAGUUCCAUCUAGGGGUUUCUCCUAAUGCCAGGUUUGUGUGAAGACAUGAAAGUGGGAAUAAAGGUUGGUGAUAAUAUAACCACUAAAACCACAUUUCUUUUGGUUUGGACAAUUUUCCAUCAUUUUUAUCUCAGGUCAAAAUGUCCUAAGGAACUCCUCUAAGAUAAAUGUAAUUUUUUUUUUAUUAAGCAUCCUUUUGUUUUAUGCUCAAAGCUAACAAGCUUUUUUUUAAAAUCAAACUUAAGAAGCACUUUCUGCAUAUUCAAUAUUCUUGAAUAUUUAACUAAAUUACACUCAAUAAUUUUUAUUAUAUAUAAAUGUUUCUCCCUGUACAAACCUGUAACACAACUGAAGAAAUGCAUAUUGCAAUUUUUCUCUCACAUGCAACACUUCUUUGUCAUUCCCACUUAGAAUUAGGUUCCAUAGUUAA